GGAAGGAGGAGUUUAACCCCACAGUGUCUGGGAGGAGUCCGCAGUCUCUCGGCGCUCCGUCCCGGGAUCGCUCGCUGUGGACACGGACAAACCGUGGAAGUCUGGGCUGAAAGAAAAUCCGACUUUUGUGCGCUUUCAACCGCGUUAUAUCUAAAGAUUCCUCGGAGGGAAACAUGUAAAUAUUGCUCGAAGUAUCAUCCACGAGAGGGAAGCUUAGCCGAUGAGCCAGACGACAAAGGAGUGAGUUUAUUCUGAGAAAUGAGGUGGACAGAACCGUGCACAUAGACGCUCCAAUCUGAGAAGAGACUUUUGGAGAGGGCAAGAUGGGAAAUUCGGAGAGUCAGUACAGCAUUCAAGGCCCUAAAGGCACAAGCUUUGUCUUCCCUGGGAAACAGAAGCCAUAUGCGCUGAAGUUCCGCUCAGCCAAAGAUGAUGCUCUCUCACCCCAUUCGUGGUGGAAAAAUGCCCCAGUAGGCUCAGGGUACAAGGCCAGGUGUGUCGGCCGUGGCUGUCUGUCCCCACCUAAAAGCCGACCGCCGUACUCUGCCCGCCACUGCGACUUUGUCUGCAAGGGCGUGAGGGGCAGUCCUAGUGAGCAUCGCUGGCACCGGUCUCCUGGAUGUGGUAUACGAAGGCGACAUAUGUCAGAUGACUAUGAGGAAAAUCCAUAUGGAGCUGAGCUUAAUGGACACACGCUAAAUGGACAUAGUGACGAGCAUGAGGUUUUAGAGGAACAGAGCAGCCCAAGGGUGGUGAUAAAGAAGGAUGGCACUCUCAGGGUGGAAUUCACCAACACCUCAGGCAAUCCCCUUCUACUGGAUGAAGCUUCUGGUCCCGUCCAGCUUCUCAAGUUCUCUCCCAAUUUGGAGUCUGCCUCCACUCCCAGUUUGCCUGGUUCCAGUGGUAGUAGGCAGGAUGACCAUCGCAGUGGCCCACCACCAGCCUCUACUUCCUCCACAGCCAGGACUAGCAAAGGAAGUUCUCUGAGCUCUGAUGGCUCCUGGUAUGACUCCCCCUGGGGGCCCAGCACAGAGCUCUGUGAGCAGGACCAACCAACCAGCAGAACUUUAGUGCACUCCCCCGCCCACCAGCUUGAUGCCUUUGCAGAACAGUCCCCCCCUUUGUCCAUCACAGACCUUUACAGGGACUCCACAAUGGCUGCUACUUUUCCCACAGCCAAGGACUUGUCCUCCCAGUUACAGGAGCCUCCUCCAGGCCAGAGGCAACACCGAGCCUCCUUUGCAGCGGUCUUGGAUGUUCCUCUAGAGGAGGAAAGCCUAGAGGUCCCACAGUACUCAUCAUACACCCUUCCCUGUCGCAGGCCCAAAGCACACACCAUUAGCGAACACCUGAACCAGUAUGCUGACCAGGAGCAGCAGCAGGAGCAGACUGGGCUCGACUUCAUCUUCCACAAGAAAGACUCCAUCAAAAACCGCAUCAGACGCUUGAGUGACUGGACAGGCAGCCUCAGCCGCAAGAAGAAGAAGUCUCAGGAGACCAGGUCCAAAGACCUGAGUGAUGCCUUUGACAGUGGGGUUGAUGGCCUGACUGCAGACACCAGCUCACCCUCCCAGGUCUCCAGCGUCGUCUGGUUCCCCGGAGCCUCCAGGGCCCAAUCAUCAGGAGCCAUUCACCAAACAACCGAUGCCCUCCGCCAGAACAUCUACGAGAACUUCAUGAGGGAGCUGGAGAUGGGCACCGGACAGGGAGGAGGGGGAUUAGGCGAUAGAAGAGACCCAUCCACGGGCACUGAGGAGGGUGAAAGCAGCAGCGAGUCGGCCGAGGGCUCCCUGGAGGAGCUGGACCUUCUGUUUGAGAAGGAGCAGGGUGUGGUCCGACGGGCCGGCUGGCUCUCUUUUAAACCCCUCAUAACCCUGCACAAAGACAGGAAGCUGGAACUGGUAACCCGCCGCAAGUGGAAGCAGUACUGGGUGACCCUCAAAGGAUGUACGUUGCUCUUCUAUGAAACUUACGGCAAAGGUUCACCGGAGCAGGAACUGUCACCUCGCUAUGCCCUUCUGGCCGAGGACAGCAUCGUCCAGGCUGUUCCUGAACACCCAAAGAAGGAGAACGUGUUCUGCCUCAGCAACUCGUACGGAGACGUCUACCUCUUCCAGGCCAGCAACCAGACUGACCUGGAGAACUGGGUGACAGCCAUCCACUCUGCUAGUGCCUCGCUGCUGGCCAAGCGCCAGGGGAAGGAGGAUACGGUGCGUCUGCUGCGAACUCAGGUCCGCGGCCUGCUGCAGAAGAUCGACAUGGACGGGAAGAUGAAGAAGAUGGCCGAGCUACAGCUGACGGUAGUCGGCGAUCCCAAGAAUCGCAAGGCUAUUGAGAACCAGAUCCAGCAGUGGGAGCAGAACCUGGAGAGGUUCAACAUGGAUCUCUUCCGGAUGCGCUGCUACCUCGCCAGUCUGCAGGGCGGAGAGCUGCCCAACCCAAAGAGCCUGCUAGCUAUCGCCAGCCGCCCAACCAAAACCACCCUGGGACGCCUCGGGAUUUUCUCAGUCUCCUCCUUCCAUGCACUGAUCUGUUCCAGAGACGAGGCCACGGUCAGGAGGCGGUCGUUGUCGCUGACUUACAGACAGCACAAGAGAGGCCUAUUCUCCUCCCUUAAAGGCCUCGACAACCUCACGAAGAGAGGCCGUGAUAAGAGACCCUCUGUAUCACAGAUCUUUGAGAGCGACGCUGGAGGUCAAACGUACGCCCUGCCUCCCAGGAGUACUGAGAGGUUGGAUGUGUUGUCCAGUAUCUACUCCAUGUCGCCCCCUGAGGGUGGUGUUUGGGACGGCAUCAGCGCUGCCUCGGACGUGCUGACGUGCGUCUACAUGCCAGACGGCCUGACAGUCCAAGUUCCCGUCAGAAGGGACCAGACAGCCGCUGACCUUCUCUGUGCAGCCUGCAAGGUGAAACAGCUGGACCCGGGCCUGCACUGCCUGCGACUGCACAGGCGAGCGGGACAGGGCGUGGAGGUUCGAUACAUGGCACCUGGCGAGCUCCUCCACGACGUGGUCAACGAUCAGCUGGAAGUGGUCCCAGCUAAUGUGUUUGCAAUGCACAUGAGCAGGCCGAGCAGCACCGGAGACUUUGGUUUUGCAGUAACAGGACACAUAGACAGCUUGAAGAACAGCAGGAUUUUUGUCAGUGAAGUGCUUCCUGAUGGACUGGCCUUCAAUGAAGGUCUGCGUCCAGGCGAUGAGAUCCUGGUGCUGAACGGCCGGUGUGUGUCUGGUCUGGACCUGGCGUUGAUCCAAACACUGUUUGCUGAACAAAACCUGCACCUGAGCCUGAGACGGGACAGCCACCUGCCUCCACCUGGGGCCCCGGACCAUCCAGCCGCUCCCUGCAAAACACCACGCAGCAAUCACCACCGAGCCAAGUCCUCCUCAGAUGUGUGCACUGCAGCUGACUGUGGCGAGGAUCUGUGUGUAGGACUGGAGGAUGGUCACUCCCACUGCGCACACAGGCCUGUUCAGCACAGCAAGAGUGUGGACACAGUGUGCACUCUGUACCAGACCUUCCAGGAGGGGACGGACUCGGGCACCGGAGGUUUGAUGGAUGACGCCAGGGAGCCUUCGAUGAGGCAGGGAGGGGAUCUGGGCCCUUCAGGAGGGGCCACCCUGCUCAGACCUUGCCCCAAGCACAUGAGCGCCACGGAGAGGUUACGCAAGGUCAUCCAGGAGCUCGUGGACACGGAGAAGUCGUAUGUAAAGGAUUUGACGUGUUUGUUCGAGAUCUACCUGAAACCCCUGCAGAAUGAAACCUUCCUCACACUGGAUGAGAUGGAGAGUCUGUUUGGCAGCCUGCCGGAGAUGCUGGACUUUCAGAGGGUCUUUCUACAGACGCUGGAGGAGAGGAUCGCAUCCUCGCCUGACUUCAGCACCCUGGAGACACCGUCGCAGUUCAAGAAGCUGCUGUUUUCUCUCGGGGGUUCGUUCCUUUACUACGCUGACCACUUCAAGCUCUACAGCGGCUUCUGUGCCAACCACAUCAAGGUUCAAAAGGUCCUGGAGAGAGCCAAGACUGAUCAGACCUUCAAAGAAUUCCUGGAUGCGAGGAACCCCACCAAGCAGCACUCUUCCACUCUGGAGUCGUACCUGAUUAAGCCGGUACAGAGGGUGCUCAAGUACCCCCUGCUGCUGAGGGAGCUGGUCUCUCUUACCGACGCUGACAGCGAGGAGCACUACCACCUCACCGAGGCUCUGAAAGCCAUGGAGAAGGUGGCGAGCCACAUCAACGAGAUGCAGAAGAUCUACGAGGAUUACGGCUCCGUGUUUGAUCAGCUUGUUGCCGAGCAGACUGGCCAUGAUAAAGAGGUCACAGAGAUUUCUAUGGGAGAGUUUCUCAUGCAUUCCUCAGUGGUCUGGCUCAACCCUCAUCCAUCGCUGGGCCGCAUGAGAAAAGACCCAGAAAUGACCGUGUUUGUGUUCAAGAAAGCGGUGAUAUUGGUCUACAGGGAAAACAACAAGCUGAAGAAAAAGAUGACCAACCCUCGUGCGGCACUUUCUCACGGAGAUUCGGACCCGUUUAAGUUCCGCUGGCUCAUCCCGCUCUCUGCGCUGCAGGUCAGACUGGGAAAUACUGCAGGAACAGGCACGGAGAGCAGCUGCAUCUGGGAGCUGAUUCACUCCAGGUCUGAAGUGGAAGGGAGACCAGAGACCGUCUUCCAGCUGUGCAGCAGUGUGCCAGAGAGCAAGGUCAGCAUCAUCAAGGUGAUCCGCUCCAUCCUCAGAGAGAACGUGAGGAGGAACAUGAGGAGCGAAGGCACUUUGGAGAGGGGCUGUAAGGAGCGACUGGCCCCGCUACGUAGCACCCUGCCCUCCUCUGCCAGGCUAGGUUCCUCCAGGGCUUCCUGGUUGUGUAAGCAGCCGCUUGGCGAGUUCUCCUCUCAGGGUGGGAUUCCCAAACCGGGGCCUGACUCCGAUGAGGGAAGCCUCAGCAGUGGAACCUACAGUUCAUCUGGAGCUCCUCCAGCCUGCAUGUCCUCUGACUCACAUAUCCUCCCUGUCCAGCAGAACUGGGCUCAGGCUCACGGGUCCAACUCACAGCCCCGCUCCACAUCUGUGAAAGAGUCUGAUAUUCUCAGCGACGAGGACGACGACGGCUUCAGUGAGGGCGGGACGAGGAGGGACAGCGGAGACAGCAGCUCCCCUACCAGCGCAAUUGAGGCUCAGUUCCUCCACCUGAAACUGUCAGAGGAUGCUGUGUCAAAAUGUGCACCGGCGCCCUGCGUGGAGCCUGAGGGAGUCGGGGACACUCCGGAGAUCCAACCUAAACUAGUGCGAGGACACUUCAGCGCUGUUAAGAGGAAAACCAGCAGUUUCAGGAGGAGCCAGGGUGCACUGUUGAACAUGAAGGAGCAGAGCAGGUCGCUGGACAGUCAGACGGAUGCUGCGGUGUCGUGUGGGGCGGUGGACCUCAAUGCAUUACUGGAGAGAGAGUUCAGCGUCCAGAGUCUGACUUCUGUGGUGAAUGAAGACUGUUUCUAUGACCCAACUGAGAGCUGCGCCACUGACUCUGGUAAUGCCACCUCUUCUUAGGGCUGACAUGGACAGAGCUGAACUGUACUGUACCUGCCCCACAUCAGAGUGAUCAUAGAAGUGAGGGGGCAGUCUGAAGCCCCCUGUGGUUCACUGCAGGCUCUGCUACUGAGGCUGUGAGGCUUUGCCUGAGCUCAGAUGUCAGUUUAGUCUGUUUCACAGCCACCUGCAAAAGGUUAGGUGCAAAUGAGCUGUUCUGGUGAAAGUUUAUUGGCCAGCAGACCAGGUUUCUCCCCCAGAGAGGUGAAGUGAGGUGAUUUCUGUUUCACUGAUAACUGCAAUGAAUCUGUCAAGCACAAUACAUCAGCGAUCCCCUCAGCCCGCUGGGCCCUGAAUUCUCCCCACAAACCAUCUGAGUGACGGAUUCUAUUCAAGUUUCCCUGCAGCUCAUGCUGAUGGGCAGUUUUUAUUCGGUUUCUGACCUUUUCUAUGAAAAAAAAAUGGGGAGAGUGACCUUGUCUGUCAGUCCCAGACUGAAAGAGGGGGUGAAGUCCACAGUGCAUAUAGAGCCACAGAAUACUGAGCUGAAUGAAGUUUCUCAGGCAGGCACACUGGUGAUUCGGCACAGUUUGUCAGCAGGCAGCAGGCUUUCACAUGGAUUCAGUUUGUAUUUGGUUUCACAGAACCAGACAAUGUAGAUUAUGGCUAGUAUGAAUCACAUUUUAGUGAACAAUGAAAGGAAGCACUGAGUAAAUACACAGACUUACAAGAUUCACCCAAAGAGCUGCCGUGGUCGAGUCAGACUUCCUGAGAAGAAAUGACGCCCAGAUUAACGGGAGGGAGACUGACUUGCGUAGUUAAGCCUUUUAUUUGCUGUAUUUUGUGCACUGUUUGCCUAUAUAUUUGAAAUCUUUUUUUUAAAAAUCUGUACAGGUUUUAAUGUUAUUACUGCUGUUUUUAUUUAUUUCUAGGAUUGAUAAUGUAUACCUUAGCUGAGAAACCUUUAUGGGUGAAAGCUUGAACUCUUGGCUACACAUUUGGUCUAUUCUUGAAUUUAAAAAAAUUAAAAAGUUUGAUGUUUAUUCACUUCAUUCUAAAUGUAGCCUACUGGAUUUGGUUGUGUUUCACUGAAGAUUGUAAUUUCAAGUGUACACUUUGGAAUGUACAUAUGUUUCUGAGAUGACUGCUUCAUUGACUGAUUUCAACUGCAAUAAUGUUUAAAUCCUUGUUUCUUUUUAUGUUUAUAUGUACCCUGUGUGUAUAUAUAUAUAUAUAUAUAUAUAUAUAUAUAUAUAUAUAUACACACACAUAAUCUUUUCUAUCUUUGAAGCAUUUCUGUAUACUCACACAUACUUGACAUUGUACAGUUAAGAAGCAAGGCAGGAAUUUGCAAUAAGUAAAGCUGAUAUUUUUGUAAGCAUCGUUUGCCAUAGUAUAAAGUACACAUUGAGGUACUAUGAAAAAGGCAAACCACUACAUUCUUUACCCUUUCAGCUCAACUUUACAAUGCCUUUAAUGCUAGCAUACCAAUGAAUGUGAAUGCUCCAUUCUUAUGGAAUUGUUUUUAUAAAUAAAAGUUUUAUCUGUGAAUGA